UCCUAGACAAAUCCUGACAUUGUUACUCUGUUCUCUGUUUUGCUACAACGCCUUCAGAAGAAGAAAAGCUUGUUGACUAUUUGAGGGGGGGAGGCAGAACAGUGAAAAAGGUAAUAAGGUGUUUGGCUUAUUUUUUCUGCAGUGGUUGUAGGAUACUGGAACUUCAGUGAAAGUGUACGACCCAAAGGAAUUAACUGGACACUACAGUAAUCAUGACAGAAGAAGUCCCAAUUGCAUCUAGCAUACUUGAGUACAAUGGGAAUGUACCACCUGAAAAAACUCAGCUGCAGGUCAUUGAUAUUAUUGACGAAAUAGCAAAAUCUGUUGGGACAGUUCCAUGUGAAAAUUCAGAAACCAGUCCUGAAGCUCCACUUAAAAAGGAAAAUCAAGAAGAUAACAAGAAUUCAGUAGAGGACAACACAAUAUGUGGUGCUCUUGACGGGGAGAAGCAAUGUGAAGAAAAACAAGAGGAAAACAAUGCAACUCUAGAGGAGGGAUCAGCUGACAUCCCUUCCGAGAACACAAGAACUGAUGAAGAGAAAUCAAGAGAAGGACCCUGUGAGGAGAUUAUUCCUGUAAGCACCAAAGAAUGUGAAAUAACUAGACAGGAGGAAAGGAACACAGAGCAACCUCAGGAAGAAACAGCUACUCAUGCUAAUGAGGCCAAGGAGUUCCAAACAGCAGGAGCCCAGGAAGAAGCGUGGAUGCUUGAACCCAAGGAGCAAAUUAAAGCUGAUACACAAUUAGACGACAGAGAGAAUGCAGAGGAGGAGGAGGAGGAGGAAGCACAGCUGAUAGAAAGCAAGAAAGAAAAUAGUGGGCAGUCUCCUUUAAAGAAGCAAGAAAAUGACAGGGAGGAAUGCUCUCCUACCAGCCCCAGUUUUAACUUCCAGGCUGAGAAACCUGAGGAGCAGCCAGGCUCAGGGAAAAAAAAUGAUAUCUCCAGGCACAGUUAUUCUAGAUACAAUACAAUCUCCUAUCGCAAGAUCAGAAAAGGAAACACUAAACAAAGAAUUGAUGAAUUUGAGUCCAUGAUGCAUUUAUAAACUGAGGUGGGGAAUUUGCCUAAGCUGAGAGUGCAUUUUGUUUUUUCAAGACGUAUCGCUUCAUGUCAUAUCAAGUCAUCAUUAUAUCCUUUUUGUAUGUAAUUUCAUAAUACACUGUGUAAAUUUAACCUCUGUAUUUCACUUUGAAAUCAUACAGAAGCAUCCAUAGGAGAAAAAUAAAAUCAGCAGUUUGCUAAAUAUAAUACAAGCUGAUUUAAAGUUUAUCCAUCCCCAUCUCCCUCGUCCUGGUUUUGUAACAAGAUUCAGGCACUAGAAAUUUUUGAACUAAUUGGAAAUUCUGUAGCUGCAUGCAGCAGAAAAUGACCCAUGCUAUUUGCCAUUCUGGUAAUUAGUUGGCAGCAGAACAGUUCCAGUAAAACUAGAGAGUGCAGUAAUGAUAAUAAAAGAAACAACUGUUUGCAACAGCAAUGCUCUCUGUUUUGAAAUCUGUUUAUGUUGGUGUCUUACGGUGCACUAAAGCCGCCUUGUGCUAUCACCAGUCCGUUUCCACUUUGUGCUGAUGGAAUCAAGGGCUAAUUGCAUAAACACAUAAAUAUAGAUCAACAGAAAAUAAGCACAUAAUGUUUCAUUUGACAAAGGUUCCUUCUCUGGCCCACACCCUGGUAGUGCUCCUUAAUAUAUAACUUUAAUCUGGAAUGCACUGGUGUAAUUACAAACAGUUACAUCCAGCAUCUAAUACCAUUAGUAUCAUCUGAGGGCACCUCUUAAUUUUUGGGUCUUAAUGGCUGGCACUAUAUAUAAUUCAUUUUGUAAAUGUUGGCAUUUGCUGUUAAAAUGUUCAUGUUUCAAUUAAACUCAUUCUUGGGUUGAUAUAUUCUGAAUCUUUAGGAAAUAGACAAUAAUAUAUUACUUCAGAUCUGCACUAAAUGGUUUUUACAGUAAUAGAUAUUUUUGUUUCAGUCCAUAUAUUUUAGUUAAUAUGAUUAAGUUAAAUAUAAAAUGAAUACAAAAAAAGUUAACAUAAUUUUAAGCUUUAUGAGAAUAUCUCCAGUAACUAAAAGCAGCCCCUUUUUUGGUAAAUAUCUUUUCCCCUUUCCCAGAGAAUCACUUCAUAAUAAAAUUCCUUCCUUAGUAGCCUGUGUCAGCUGUAGCCAGAGUAUCACCAGUUACUGUGGGAGGAGAUGUAAUUGUUUUCAAUUCAGAGCUUACAUGAAUAUUAUCUCUCUCUCUCUCUCCCCUCCCUGCCAAAAAAAAAAGGGGAGGGGAGAGGAGGAAAGCAUGCUGGCUAAACAUGACAUGAAUGGUUAAUUUAUCCAUGAGCAGCUGUGGCAACUAAUAUCCAGACAGCUCAUAUGUAUCUUUUGUGAAUCUUCCAUCAGUUACUGGUAAAUUAGAUAAUUGCAUAGAUACUGUACCAUACAAAUUGAAGGUCAGCAUUUUAUACACGUACAUAUAUAUGGCACAUAUCAUGUGUUUGUGUCUGUCUGUCUACCUGAUCAAAACCCACAACACUGAAAAUCAGUACUCUUCAAAUGCUGCCAUUUUGGAUCCAAGUGUUUCUCACAACAUUUCUUAUCAGUUUUAAAAAUACUCAAUAUUCUUUAAAUGCAGCUUAAAUCUCAGAUCUUAGUGAGAUUUUCAAAACCAGGCACAUUUGAAGCAUCAGCUGUUUUAAGUUGCCUGAGCACAUUUCAAUAUAUUUGUAAACUCUUGAAUAACUACAGUCUGCAUGAGCUGACAUUGCUCAAAUAUUUUAAAGAAAAAUUCACCUUGGGCUGAGACAAGCUUGGCAAAUUUCAUCCCAGAAGGAAUUUGUUUGGGAAAGUGGUCAGCAACAGAACAAGAGUGAGAGAGGAGGUUAGAAAGGAAGUUGGAACUCACUGUUAAAGACAGGGAAAUCUACCACACCUGCUAGAAUAAUGGCUCUUUUAAUAACUAGUUUUACAUUUUCAGCAGCACCAAAUAUUGUUCUGAAUUUUUUGUCCUACAUAAAAGGCAAUUAUGUAUUGGCUAUAUGCAACAAAAAAAAAGACAAUUCUUCAUUGUACAAACAAAACACAGUGCUCAUUGUACUAUUCAGCCUUGUUUAUUUGCUCUUUGAUUUGUGAAAACCCAGUGGUUAGCUCUUAUGAAGUUGUAUUGCUGUUUUAUUAAAAAAUAAGAUAAACCAGACUUCAUUCCUGGACAUUCAA